CUCCCCAGUUCUCUUGCAAUGGGAGUACGUGGAGGAGUCUUCACGCUGAUGUUUGGCAAAUUAAACCUUCGUCUCAGGAACCAUCUCUUCAGGACGCUGAUGAGGCAGGAAAUCGCCUUUUUUGAUGAAAACCAUACAGGGGACAUUAUUUCCCGUCUGUCGGCGGACACCACACAAGUGAGCGACCUGAUCUCCAACAAUGUCAACGUGUUCCUGCGGAGCAUCGUUAAGGGCGUCGGCUUCUUCAUCUUCAUGUUCGGAAUGUCCUGGAAGCUCACAUUGGUCACCAUCAUGGGAUUCCCCUUCAUCGCUGUCGUCUCCAAACUCUAUGGAGAUUACUACAAGAAAUUGACCAAAGAGGUGCAAACAACCCUUGCAGAGGCCAAUAAAGUUGCAGAGGAAACUAUUUCGUCGAUGAGGACGGUUCGCAGCUUCGCUAACGAGGAGGGGGAGGCCGACACGUACCUUAGCAAACUCCUGGUCAUGUUCCAGCUCAACAAAAAGCAAGCGCUGGCCUACGCUGGGUACAUGUGGUCGAGCUGUAUCUCGGAGCUUGCUUUAGAGAUAGCCGUCCUCUACUAUGGCGGCCAUCUUGUCGUCAGCGGGCAGAUGAGCAGCGGUUCUUUAAUAUCGUUUUUUAUAUACAUGCUGGAACUGGGCGAAUGUCUCGAGAGCAUUGCCUCGGUGUACACGGGGCUCAUGCAGGGAGUCGGAGCGGCAGAGAAAGUAUUUGAGUAUCUGGACCGGGAACCCAAACACCGGGCUGACGGCACCGAGGCUCCGGACACCUGCUCGGGUCUGGUGGAGUUCAAAGACAUCACGUUUGCAUACCCGACACGCCCCGAUACCGAUAUUCUCAAGGUUCGUUCUCAGGGAUCUUUCUGCCAACACACAUAUUUUUAUCCUGCUUACACACCCACAAAAACAUAUCAAAUCGUGAGGAAUGAUCGCAGAUG